AUGCUCGGAUUUCGCAAAUCGAAGGGUGAGGACGCCACCCUGGCUGAGAUCGCAGCCUCAACCCUUGAGGCCGACAUUGCCCUUGUGCGUGCCUGGUCUCCAGAGGAGAGAGCCGAAAAGGAGAAGAAGUUCUUGAGGCGUAUCGACCUUCGUCUGCUGCCCAUAUUGGCUGUUAUGUACGUUCUCAACUACAUCGACCGAAAUGCCGUGCCCCACGCACGAGUGCAAGGUCUCGAGGAAGAUCUCGGCCUCGUGGGCUUUCAGUAUAACAUCGUCCUGAGUGUCACUUUCGCAGGCUACAUCAGCAUGCAGGUUCCCAGCAACAUGAUCCUCUCGUUUUUCCGUCCUAGUUGGUACUUGUCCACCUGCAUGGUAGCCUGGGGUAUCUGCAGCGGUCUCUCCGGCAUUGUGCACAACUUCACGGGUCUGGCCAUCGCUCGCUUCUUCUUGGGCAUAACUGAAGCUCCUUUCUUCGUUGGCUGUGCUUUCCUCUUCUCGGGCUGGUACACUCGCAAGGAGGUUGGUCUUCGUCUUGGUAUCUUCUUCAGUGCGGCUAUGCUUUCCGGAGCUUUUGGCGGUCUCUUCGCUGCUGGAAUUGCUGCUGCUUUCAAGUCGGAACCUGCUGGUCUCGAGACUUGGCGCUGGCUCUUCAUUUUAGAAGGCAUCGUCACCGUUAUCUGUGCUGUCGUCACUGGCUUCACCAUACCGGAUUGGCCUGCUACGACCAAAUGGCUAUCUCCUGAGGAGCGAGCUCUCGGUGUUCUAAGACUCAUUGAGGAUGCCGGCGCCGAAGACGAAGAUACCUCAGCAAUCACAGCCUUUAAGCUUGCGGUGCGUGACUACAGGCUGUGGCUUUGUGUUCUCGGUCAGGUCUGUUUGCAAGCCGUGGCCUCCCUCGCCAACUUCCUCCCUACACUUGUUAAAGAUUUUGGCUUCGGCACCAUUGAGACACUGCUCCUCACGGCGCCCCCGUACGUGCUAACGACGGUAGCUUGCAUCGGCAUCACCUGGCACUCGGACAGGACCGGCAUGCGAUCGUUCUGGAUCAUCAUUCCCUGCUGCGUCACAAUUUGCGGUAUCAUCAUCACGUUUGCCACAACUAACAUUGGAGCUCGUUACUUCGCUAUUUUCCUCAUGCUUCCGGCAACCUAUGGUUGCUUCCAGGUUUCCAACGCAUGGAUGGCCAACAUUGCUGCUCGUCCCCAGAAGAAGCGUGCCAUCGCUCUGGCCAUGAACACCGCUUUCGGAAACUCAGCCAUGAUUUGGACUCCAUACUUGUACCCUGCUAGUCAAGGACCUAACUACUACACCGCCUGGUCCGUCAAUGUUUCCUUGAUGGUGGUUGGCAUUUGUGCCACACUCGCCCUGCGCAUUGUCCUCCAGCGCGAGAACAAGAAGCUUGGACAUGAUGAAUCGCACCCUGCCAUUCAAGUUGAUCUGAAGGACGGCUUCGAGGGAACUCAAGAGAUCGAGGAGAGCCAGUCUGUUGAUAUGACUGUUCGCCACAGAUUCCAGAUCUGA